AACAUAUAUAUUCAUCAGUUACACACUUGCGCUCGUGGUGAGUGGAUCUGUUGUGAGGUUGGGCUUGAAUCUCCCAGACUGGUUGUUCAGUGCUAAAGUGUACAAACCUCAGGAGUGAAUGAUUAUCCUGGAAUAUGGUGGAUGUUCUUGUAUCUACAAAGAUUUCUCAUAUAGCAAGCAUGGCACCGCAGUCUAGCAGUGUUACCCCUGCAGUGUUUUGCGAGAAAACUGCCGCAGCUACCACCACUUGCAAAAUGUGCUCAAAGUGUGGACCUAUAACUACUACCACAAGUAAACCUACUGUGCCUACUGCUUCCCCCACAUCUAACUCCUCAAGAGUCUUAGUCCCGCUUCCCGCCAGAGGGAGCGGUCGCCCCCUGGACGAGACGUAUCGUGUUGGCACCGUCCUAGGUAAAGGCGGCUUCGGUACAGUGUAUUCCGGCUGGCGGGUUCGAGACGGCGCCCCUGUCGCUAUUAAGCAGGUCGCCAAGGCCAAGAUCACAGCUUGGGAGAUGGUUGGAGGUCGCCGUGCUCCCAGAGAGGUGGCGCUGUUGCUAAGGGUGACCCACGUACCCAACGUUGUCAAACUACUCGACUGGAUAGAGAGAGAUGACUCCUUUCUCCUGGUGUUUGAGCGGCCGGAGCCGUGCAAGGACCUCUUUGAUUACAUCACAGAGCGCAAGGUCAUACCAGAGACGGAGGCCCGCUCCCUCUUCAAGCAGGUUGUGGAUAUUGUACGUGACUGCCACGCUGCGGGCGUCAUCCACAGGGACAUCAAAGAUGAGAACCUGCUUGUGACUUAUGACUCCAAGGGCCGGGCGGUGCUCAAGCUCAUAGAUUUUGGUUCUGGUGCCCUCCUGUCAGACAAGAGCUACACUGACUUCGACGGGACGCGGGUGUACUCACCGCCUGAGUGGAUCAGACACAACCAGUAUGAAGGUGUUCCAGCCACCGUCUGGUCACUGGGAAUCCUUCUUUACGACAUUGUCUGUGGUGACAUUCCCUUCGAGCACGAUGAGCAGAUCGUUGCGGCGCGAGUACAGUUCCGGACGACGGUGGACGAGGACUGUCAACACCUGGUGCGGUGGUGCUUGCGGGUGCGGCCCACUGAGCGACCAACGCUAGACAGCAUCUUGCAGCAUCCCUGGCUCAACAACACUCAACCGACCAGGAUUCGCCAUCCUGACCAAACCUCCCUUGAUAAGUGUUCCACCUCGUCCCAAGAGUCGCUUUGAUGGCGGCCCCCUCUAGUGGUGCUCUAAGCUUUGCACCCACCCUCAUCUGUAGGCUGGCCCUCAACGCCCCUCCCUGAGUACCAGGAUGCCGCCCGCAUUGUGGAUCCGCUCACCUGAGAUGCGGGCGGCACCCUCCACCUGGGCAUAUGGGCGGCGCCACAUCGCAUCCCUCAUACCAAAGCUUGGUGAAGCCCGCUUCUCAUAGUGGGAUGCAAAUUGCGGCGGUGCCUGUGUACAGUCCCCCUCCCUCGCUGGCACCCUGGCGGUGCGUUGUCCUCGGCCGGGGGUACUGAGGAUCUCCGGCCGUAUUUAUGGUGCGGCCCGGCCCAGUACGGCUUGGGUCACACAACUAUUUAUUGUCUGUAACCUCGCCCAGGGCAUCGUGCCCCUGACCCACCUGCCGCUGACUCCAGCCCGACGCUGACACUGUGGCCAGUGAAGGUGUGGUGGUGGUGGUCAGCGGUGGAGCAGCAGUCAUGGUGGGCGGUGAUGUGGGUGUGGUCCCCGCCACCCCUCACGCCCACCACCCGCACUCGCAAUGCCAAACAAUGCAGUCUCGGCUAUCUUCUGAAAGAGCUUCAGGCUUGUAAACCAAAGGUUAUGUGUUACGAGUCCAACCUUGUAAAAAAUGUAAAGGACUUAAUUUAUUUUGGUGCUUGAAAAAAUAUGAGCGUGUACAAAGUGUACAUAUGUUCUCCCCUUGUACAGAAUUGAUCAUAAGCCAUUGCUCAAGUGUGUAAGUUCUGUAUAUCAAAAAGUCAUAAUUCUGACAAAAGUAAAUGUUUGUAGUACUAUUUGCUUGGACAUGUGAACCCCUGCGUCAGCUCCCCCACAACGAACAGCAUAUUCCAAAGAUGUCACUAAAUUCAUGUUAGGUUGUGGUUACCCAACUUACGGUUGUGGAUCGUCCAGCCUACGGUUGUGGUGCCCCUUCUAGCCUACGGUUCCUGCAGUCAAGGGAGAAGUUCAAGAAUUAGUUUUUUCACAAUUCCUUGAGAAUUAUGAUGUUGACUAGAAUAAUUUCCUUGUAUAUUUACAGAUUUGUUAAAGUUUUGAACUUUAUUCCUUGAGUGUGGUCCUUGGCAUCUAGAGGCAGAUAUAUGCCAAUUUUGUACAUUUUCUUUUCCGUAUUUUGGUUGCUAAUUAUUUUGAGAUGCAGAGUUAAACUUUAAAAAGAUUUUUAUUUCUAGAUAAAAUUUAUUCAUAAUUCUUAAUUUUUUCUUGUUGAAUAUAGAAUUUGAUUUAAAGAUGUGGCCAUACCUUCGUUUUCUAAAGUGAUAUUGUUGUAAACUAGUUUACCUUCAACAGAGUUUAAAUUUUUAUGAACCAAAAUGAUAUGAAAUUCACCAGGACGUCAAACCCGCUUGUGAGGAGCUAAUGGAUGGAACAGAUAGGCUACGCAGUUUCCCCCAAGUAGGGCUCUGUAAAUGAUCUCCUUUAAGUUGUACUUUGAUUGGCGCGCACUACUGCUCUUCGGUGUAUCUUCAGGAUAUACUAGCUACCACAACCAUUGCUAAUUAUGUUACACUUGUUGAGACAAAUGGAAAUAUUUUUGUGUACAGUAGAGAAAUUCAGCUCGUGGUGAAUUGGUAGUUUUUGUAAUAUCAUGUUUCCAACUUAAAAAAAAGCUUUUUUAUUUUGAGCUAUUAUUUUUUAGUACAAUUUUGGUGUCCUAAGAUGUAUUUGGAAUUUCCCCUGGAUGGUCUUAGACGCCCAGGCAUUGACUUAGAUAUUUAAGUCUUGUUUUGUAUGCGAAGUCCUGUGUCCUUUUGUCACCCGAUUGAUUGUGAAGUCUUGGAACACAGUUGAUCAUCAGGUUCCUGUUGUAACUUUAUACUCCUGUCACACAACGGCUGGGUUUCAACCCCCACCCGUUCUGCGAGAUGUUUAUAAUCGUGUUUUUACAAUUUUGCGAGUCGUUGAUAUCCCUCUGUUCUAUAGCCGUCUGAAGCUAUUCAGUUAUUUCAAUGUGUUGUAUAUAUGCAUAUAUGCAUGUAUACAAUGUGUAUGUAUAUAUAAUGUGGCGCUUCAGGCGAGAACUAAACUAGCAACAUUGGCAGAACCAGACACAUUUACUGUCAGUAUUGUUAUUUUUUCUAAUAGGAGCUAUAUGAUUGUUUUAAAUUUGCAGCCUGUGUUAACCACUCAGAUAGGCUUCAAUUUAAUGUAAAAUAAACAAACAUUCUAGUUUACCAAUGAUUGUUUAGUUCUUGCUUGGAGUUCUUCAUAUAUUGUAUAUAUGUACAUACACAGUAUUUUUAGCUUCCAUUUAUAAUGUACAUUCAGUGCAAUUGCGAUUUAUAAUUUUUCAUGAAUUUUUAAGUUUUAUAAAUGACAGGAAUAAGACUAGAUUUCCAGCUUCGUAUCCAAGACUUGACUCUUACGUUGCGUGUGCUUCAUAUGCUGUCAGCUUGGGGAGAUGAGACGGCUUCAGGAUUGUCUUGAAGGUUGAUUUCCAAUCUUUUCCUUGAGGAUUUUUUUUUAACCUAAUUGACACUGAGGUUGGCUCAUUCUUUGAGCCCAGUAGAGCAGAAUUUUCUAAAUACAGUAUGUGAAGGUAGAGGUAAAGUAUUAAGGGCUUUUGCAAUAAGAAUUUUAUCGUUUUGUGUCAAAUGUCAACUGUACAGCUUUGGAGAUAUGGCAAAUGUCAGUCCAAUUGCCAAAAAAGACAACUCGUUGAGAUUUGUAGUGCUGUGUUCUUGAAAAGACAAAAUAUGUGUUGUACAUUGUAAAAAGAAGUUUCAUCUGCGUUACUGGAAGACGACUUUCACGCAUUCUGUUUUUCAUUUUAUUAAAAAACUCAAAUGUUUUGUAUAAAACAGACCGUAGGUAAGAUUACUCUGGCGGUGACACAAAUUGUGAAUAAUAAUUGUAUCCAUGUAAGUUCUGUCACUGAGUUCCAUCGCAAGCCUCGCCUUCAGUAGAGCCUCGUCAUGACCUCCACCAGCUUCAGCUUCCCCUUGACACUACUCUAAUUGCCCAACAUCUGCAGGUCGGUAAUGGUCAUGGCUUGUUUUGCAUAUGCUCAUUUUUUUUUAAUCAGAGCAACAAGAUUACCUAAUCAGACAAUUCAAAAAGUAAGUUUUGUGAAAAAUGUUAGUUACUAUAAAUUUUGUAAUUGUUCAGUGUUGUGGGUUGCAGCAGGUCAGCCCUGGUGAGAAGCUUGCAGGAAGGCGAGGCUGAGGGAGCGAGGCAUUAGACAACAUAACUUUGUGUUUGACAAGAAACUAUAAAGACGUAUUUUUGUAAGUAAAUAAAGAAAAAAGCAAUUGCCAAA